AUGGCUAGUCCUGGAAGCAUUGCAACAAACUGGAGAGAAUUCAGUGGCGAACAUCAUUGGGAGGAUUUGUUAGACCCACUUGAUAUCAAUCUCCGUAGGUAUAUUAUACACUACGGAGAAAUGGCUGAAGCUACUUAUGAUGCUUUUAACUGUGAUAAAGCAUCUAAGUACGCAGGAAGAAGCCGUUAUGGGAAAAAACAUUUCUUUUCCAAGGUGGGUUUAGAACAUGGAAAUCCUUUCAAGUAUGAGGUGACACAGUUCCUAUAUGCAACCUCAGAGAUCAAUGUUCCCAUAAUUGAGGAUGUUGAAGAAUCAAACUGGAUAGGAUACGUUGCGGUGGCCACCGAUGAAGGCAAAGCUGUGUUAGGGAGGAGGGACAUUGUGAUUGCUUGGAGAGGAACUGUUCGGUUCAUGGAAUGGUACAAAGAUCUUCACUUCGUCUUGCAUGACGCCCCAUACAUUUUUGGUGAUGCUGAAUGCAAAGUACAUCGCGGCUUUUACUCCGUUUACACCGCAACAAACUCACAAACAAAGUUCAACAAAACCAGUGCAAGAAGUCAGGUAUUGACUGAGAUUAGAAGACUGGUUGACAAACACAAGGAUGAAGAAAUCAGUAUAACGGUAACAGGACACAGCUUAGGAGCAGCACUUGCAACACUGAAUGCAGUGGACAUUGUCAGGAAUGGAUAUAACAUCCGAGAAGAUGAAUCUCAAAAAGCUUCUCCAGUCACAGCCAUUGUAUUUGCUAGCCCUCGAGUUGGAGACUCAGACUUUAAGAAGUUUUCCUCUAGUCAAAAGGAUCUUCGAAUCCUACGAAUCUGUAAUAAAAAAGAUGAAGUUCCAAGGCAUCCUUUUUGUUUAUGGGGUUAUGAUGAAGUAGGAGAGAAGUUGGAAAUUGAUGCUCAUAAGUCAAACUUCUUAAAGCAACCUGGGGAUAUGAAGAGUUGGCAUAAUUUGGAGGUUUACUUGCAUGGAGUUGCAGGAACACAAGGGAGCAAGGGAGGAUUUAACUUAGAGGUUAAAAGGGACAUCGCACUUGUGAACAAAGGCAUGGGUGCUUUGAAGGAAGAGUAUUAGAUUCCUGAGGCUUGGAGGGUGGAUGAAAACAAAGGCUUGGUUCAACAACCUGAUGGUUCUUGGAUCAUGCCAAAUCCUGAAGCUUAAGA